GCGGUACGGCACGGCAAACGAUCCACGAUCGACGACACAUCGACUGAAACCACAACGACGACGCAUGGACGGAUCAGCGGACUCCGUGCGCGAUUUUCAUUCACUUUUCACCCAACUUCUCGCUCAGUUCUCCGAUAUACACCGAUACAUACACCUAUAGAGAUAUAUAGUAGUACUAACAACCCGACCAGUAAUAAACGAGCCGACCGCCCAGCGGUCUCCCAACUGCCCAGCGGUUCGGUAGUCCAGCAGUUCACCACCAGUCCAACGGCGGCAGUUAGAAGGAAAACUCAUCAUUAUCCGUAAUAAACGUUAAAGAUAACGUCCGUCCCCCUCUCCUGUUAUUAAGCCGAAAACGUCGCCUUGUCACGUAAUGCCCGUUCAAUUUAAUUUCAUAAUUAAUUUUUUGGAAUACAUCGUACUGGGGUAAAAGUGCUGGUGCUGUCGCCAUUUCUCGUGAUUUUUUGGCAAGUAAGGAAUAUGAAAAGUGGCCGAGUGUGUGUUAAAUUAAAUCACCGCAUUAUAAAUAACUUGGGAAAUUUUUAAAUCUAAAGAAGAUAUAUACACAAGCGAGUAUAUCUGUGGACGCGCCAAGUAAUCGAAGCGACAAAAAACAUACGCAAAGUUCGAAAAAACGCGACAGAGUGCGGGACAGUGUGUGUGUUUGCCAAAUGUCACUUGUGUGUGCGUCACUGAAGAUAAACCACGAGCACAUAAAAAAUAAAACGCACACACAUUGGCCAAACGACAUAAAAAUAUAUAAUAUUCUAUUUAUUUACGCGGGUGUCUUGUAGCCAAAAAGUAAAUCCUAGCCAGCAAAAGCCACAAAAUGGAGUCGAAACGCUCGAAAAAAGGACGCAAAUCUCGGCCAGCACAGGAUGAGAAUCCCACUCAGCAGCAGCCACAUCAUCAUCAUCCCUGGGACGAAGUGUCGCUACCUGGAGCUGGAACUGGCCCCACUGAGCAGCCGACCAUACUCCUGAUCAACGGCAUCGCCAGCGAUUCCCAGCUAGAGGAAAGGGAGUCCAAGGCAGCCGCCUUGAAGUUGGCCCUCGAUAACAACUACAUCGAGGCCCCGCAGCCGCAUACAGUGCCCACCACUCCGGGUGGCUCCCAUCUCCUGGACUUCGAGUCCCAUCUCAUCGAGAGCAUCGCGGACGAGGCCAGUGGCGUGGGCAUACGGGAACUCACCCCCUUCGAGCAGGAACUGCAGCAGGGCACCUCCAAGGUAGACACCAAUGACUCGGAACCCGUCAUCGAGGUAGAACCAGCCGGGGCCAAGACCAAACAGCCCGUGGAAACUUCACCGCCGGCCCAUCAAAUCGCCGAGGUCGACGAGACGGCCACUCCGUCGGAGGAAGUGCGUCGCACCGCCGAGCAGCUGGUGGAUGAGAUCGAACAGGAGCUGAUCCAGGCCCUCAGCCGGGAUGUAGACGAGGCGCAGCGGGUGCACAGAGAUCAGGUUCAGCGGGAUCGCGAGGAGUUCAGCUCGCUCACCCAGCAGGUCGAGGUGCAGCUAAAUGAGCUGACCGGCAUCCUGAAGAACAAGCCCCAGGCGGAGAUUGUCUUGGAACUGCCGGUUGAGACGGAGGAGGAGCAAAAGCCCAAGCCAAUAGUUGCCGCUGCCAAUGAACUGAAGCUCGUGGAGGUACCCACUCCGAAAACCGAAGCCGAGGAGCAGGAACGCCAGGAGUUCAUCGACUCACUGCCCCAGAUCGAACAGAAUCGUUUGCAGGGAGGCAGUGGAUCAGAGGAGACGGAUGCCCAAAGACUGUCGGCGGACUGCAAGAGGGAGUACUACCAGUCCCUGAAGAAGUACCUCCUGCACAGCAGCCAGGAGAAGCCCCCAGUGCCCCUUCAAACAUAUCGCUGGGAGGAUCUAAAGCGAGCCAAGGAACGGGGUGGCUAUCCCUGGACCCAUCUGUACAAACGCCCACUUGGACCCGACGAGCAGCCGGAGAUUGUGCUGCUCUUGCGAAAGUCCCAAGAACUGCGCUUCAAAUCCGAAUCCCCCAAGUCCCUGAAGAAGGUGCGCUACGACGAGCAGGUGCUGGUUAAGGAGACCGAGCGCUACAUCCAGGACCUUUCCGAGGACGAGGCGGUAGCCACCACCACCGACGACAGCAGCGAGGAGUCGUCCGACUCGGAGACCGAGUCUGAACGGGAUCAGCACAACGAGGACGCCCUGAGCGAGUGCAUCUCCUGUGUUUCCGACUCCGUGCUGGCGGUUGGUGGCCACGCCCGACCACGUAAGACGAAUCGUCUGGCCCACAUCCGUGACCUGAUCCGGCGCAGGCGCAGCGGUCGCAGCCACGAGGACGCCCAGUCACUGCCCGGAAACUCGGCGAAUCCCAGUCGACAGAGCAGCGUUCACGAACUCGCCCCGCCGCCGGGAUCCUUAAUCCCGAACACCGAGAAGCCUUCCAAGAGCAGCAAACCCAAGCAGGGAUUCGACAUCAUGAAGAAGCUGAAGAGCCUAGCGGAGCGCCAGAAAAAGCGGCUAAACAUCAAGAGGAUCACCUUGAAAAAGGAGGAGAAAAUUGUGCUCGGCGAGCAGCAGAAGAUCAUGAAGCUGAAGGCCUCGCCAAAGUCGGAUCGCGGCGAAAUCCCCCAUUUCAUCGAGAAGCAGGACUCUGACGAAAUCCUGGAGCUGGUGGAAUACGAUGAGUCGCCCUGCCGCAAGCGCACCAAGGAGGAGCUGCUGGAGGAUCAGCCCAGUGGCAGUGGCAGCGGAAGAGUGCCCGAGCCCGAGGAGAUCAUCGAGCUGCCAGUGGUCAAGACUGAGACAGAGGCUCCCACAUUGGAGGUGACCGAACCAGAAGCCGAGGCAGAGGAAAAGCUGGAAAACAAAGAGGAAACCGAGGAGGAUCCGCCAAAGAAAACACCUCGCGUUCGGCGGGAGCAUGUUUACGAAGAGAUUGGCCAGGCUGGAGCUCAGGAACUGGCGGAGCAGCCCAUCCUGGAGCUGGAAUCUCUCAAGAAGUCCCUAACGCGUCAGGACAAUCUCGCCAUCGAUGAGAUCGAGGCGGCCAAGUCAGUGCCUCUGGAUCGCAUGGGCAGCAGUGAGGAGGAGCAGGUGACUGCCGGCAGGCCAGGCGCUCUGUUUGCUCCCAUCUCCUCCAUAGACUCAACCUCGUCGGAUGAGGAGCGUGCCCGCCUGGCGCAACUUUCACCCGUUGUCGAGGAGAGCGAUGAGCCCAUGGAGGUCAGUCCAGAUCUGCGUCCUUCCCUCAAGAAGGAGGCCUCGCCAGCGCCCUCGGACAAGAAGGUGACUUUCUCCCACAUCGAGGACGAAGCAGAACCGCAUCGCGAGGAUGUGGAGCUCCCCGAGGAUGUCCUGGAGGCGGCCACCAAUGCGGCCAGGUGGAAAAGCGAAAGUGAUCAUGAAUACGAGCCCGUGGGCGUGACGCCGGCGCACGAAUCCUCGCCAGCACUUAGCCCCCAAAGCGAACUGCAGUUGCCCAUGGAGAUCGAUGCCCCGCUCAGUUCAGGCGGCACCACGCCACGCACCGAAUCUCGCACCGACUACGAAAUCCACACCAGUCAGGUGGACUCGAGCGCCCUGGAGGAGCUGCCAUUGCAGCCGGAGAACCGUCGCAAGGGCUUCAUGGCCUCGGCCCAGGAUCGCACCAAGAAAAUGCAGGAUGGCAUCCGUCUGCAGGCUGGAAAAUUGCGCACCCGUCUCCAAACCAAGCCGAAGCCGAAACCCGUUUCAGGAAGUCCCAAGGCAAAGGCCAAGGAUCGUAGGCGCUUCAAGGCUCCCGAGUUCUCCAAGAUCAAGAUGCCCGAGAUUAAGAGACCAGACAUGUCCAAGCUGAAGGAUCUAAAGCGACCAGAGUUCACCAAGUUCAACAAGCCGGACAUGUCCAAGUUCAAGUUUCCGGAGAAGUUCUCCACCCUAAAGCUGCGUCGCAGCAAGAGUUUCAAGGAGAAUGAGGGCGAAGUGGUGUCCGAUGAGACACCAGAAGGCACCGGAGCCACUGCAUCCCCCACACAAUCCCAGCCAACGCCCAAGAAGAAGUUCGAGUUCAACUUUGGCACCUAUCCACGAGCCUUCCGCAAAAAGCAGCCAGUGGAGGAGCCAAUUCCUGUGGCCACGGAGUCAUCGUUGGGAACAGAAGGCCUGAGUGUGAUCCCCAGCACGGAGACGCAACCAUCGCAGACCUCGACCAGUUCACCUCAAGGAGAUCGUGGACCCGGACCAGUUCGAUCCCGCUGGGCUGAUAAGUUCUCAGAUGUGAGUUACAACGACAGCGAGGGAUCACGGUAUCGGCGAUAUGGCAGCGAACUAGAGAGCUUCGAUCGGGAAUCCUCCCUGGAACGUCGCAUGAAGGAGGAUUUAGAGGGCACCGAGGACACGGCCAGUGAGGCCCAGCCUCAGCCGGAGAUGGGCAUUCUGGGCGUAGUGGCGGAUAGCAAACAGUUUGCCGAAUUCGACGAAGAGAACCGUGCCAUCCACGAGAUCUCGAGCAAGAGAUCCAGGGAGUUCAAGCGCCGGCCCAUGGUGCACCAGGAUUCGGAUCUGCGCUCAGAGGACAGCAGAGAUGCCGAAGGCUGGACGGAGAAGGAUAUUCAGAAGAACAAGCUGCUCCGAAAAGCAGAAUUGGAGGCCGAGGCUGGCUUCUACAAGUUCCACGACCGGCAGGAUGCUCAAUCCACAGCUAGUUCGGGCAAAAAGGUGGUCAUGGAGCCCAUCGAUGAUGACGAGUUCUUCCUGCGCAAGCGCGGCAUUUCCGAGGAUAACAUCCAGUUGCGCCAGUACAUCAGUGAGGCCAUCCGCGAGGGUUACGACAUGCCCAACGCCUUGAAGCACGUGGGCUAUUCCGCCGAACAGGUUCCGGCGGAAUACGGUGACUACGAUGUGCCGCCGGCGAAGCCACGUCGCCUGCAUCGCAACUACCAGCCGGAGUUUGACUCCCAGGAGUUCCAGCGUAGUGAUUACGGCGACGAUCUCUCCAUGUCACAAAAUGGCAGUGAGUUUACUCCAAAGCGACCACUUCGCAAAGCACGCAGUCGCAGCAAGUACUCCAUUGAGGGCAGCCAGGAUAUACCCCAGGAUGGGGGAAGCAGCAUCCAGUACUUCGAGGACGACGAGGAUUACCUUCGACCUCCGGUCAGGGAUCAACCGGUUACGGAGUCCGAGCAGGCACUCAAUAACCUCGAUCUCGGCGGCAAGGCAGCGGCGAUGAUUCAGGAGGAGCUGGAGCAGGAGCGACAGAAGCCCCGUCCGCAGGCACCGAGGCGCCAGAAGAAACGCACAAGGGACGACGCAUCCGUCGACAAGGAUGCGGACUCCUUUAUCAACGGCUUCGGUGGUAGAUCAGUAUCGAACACCUUUUUGCAGCCACACGAAGAUGUAAUUGUUUAUCGCACUGAACACGAAUAUCGUCACAUACCGCUAGCCACGCCGGAUAGAUUCACGGACGGCACAUCGGCGCGCACGCAGCGUUCCGAGGACGACCGCACCUCGCGUGGUGCCGACUCCCUGAUCCUGGACGGGCACAUAAAGUACAGACCCGAGCUGGAGGACAACGAGAAUGUGGGGCCACGGACCAAGAGCGACGAGAAGUUCGUCAUCGAGAUGCUGGAGAGCGAUGGCUACGCGGUGGUCCGCAAAGAGCCACUCCCGAAGCCCACACCACCUGCCCGCAGGAAGAAGUUCACCCGGUCGCCGGGCGAACGGUUCGCCACGUUGCCCAGCAUCCGUGGCUCUCGGGGGUCGCCGCCACCGGCUCGACCACCACCGCCACAGCAGUACGUGCCCACAGAGGACUCCCCGAUGGUGCCACGGCGCAGAUCCGCGGCCAGUCUGGACGAGAUUCCCCUGAUGAUCAAGUCGAACUACGAGAAGGAGCAGCAGCAGAAACAGCAGCCGGAGGAGGAGGAUGACUACGAGGAGCCGGGUGCCCUGGAUCGCAACAAUCUGCAGUCGGGCGCGGUCAUCAACAAGAUGAAGUUCCGCCCGCUGCCGCCGCCACCGCGUCCUCCGCGCGAGAAGCGAUCCACGAGAGCGGGAAGCCAGCCUUUGGAGAGUUACGAGGACAGCGAACGGCUGGCCAGUUCCAGCCAGGCGGAUAGCUACGACCAGGGUGAGUUCGAGGUGGAGGUGUCCACGCAGACGGAUCCUUUGCCCGAUGACUUUGUGUGCGAGGAGUUCGAGAUCACGGAGGACAUGAAGAUCAUAGAACCGCGACGCUCCAAUGGUUCGGGUAACAAAACUCUCGAGGAUCUUUUGCGCAGCGUGGAGGCAGCUCAGCAGCAGGCGGACGAGGUGGACGGAGCCCGAGUUCUCUCCGAAGACGAGCAGCUGGCCAAGGGUCUGCAGAGAUUCCGGGACGCCAAUCAGCGCAGCAUGUCCGAGCGAUCUCGGGCUUCCUCUCAAGCGGAUCGCUCCAAGUCGCUGAGUCGCCCGCAGACUCCAUCGUCGGCGGUGAUCAUCGAGCGACGUGUGCCCACGCCUAGUCUCAUAACUGGCGAGGAUGAUGCCACGGUGCAGGCUUCGCUGAUUGUGAGACCCAUCAGUGCCGCCGAUUUGAUAGAUGACGAUCUGCGCCGCGAGGAGGAGGAACUGCGUCGCGAGGGCUUGCUCUCGGACAGCUCGGUGCAGAGUAAAUCCGAUGUGGAGGAUGAACACGGCGAGGUGGCCUUGAGUGACUAUGCCGCCAGCUCGGCGGAUUUGGAUGCGGCGGUGGAGCAACUGCAGCAGGCUCAGCUGGAGAGCGAUUUCGAGAGCCGACUGGAGGAUGAUGAAGUGGAGCGCACGCUCAGGGACAGCGAGUACGAAGAGGAGAAAUAUUCGGAGCAUGAAGAAGAACAAGAAAUAGCGCAACUGAAGAAGGCUAUGGAAAAAGAGCUACAGGAAGCCUUGGAAAAGAAGCUGUCUGACUACCGCCAGAAGGAUGAGGAUCUUGAGCAAGAACAAGAGCAGGAGCAGACCUUCUCGGAAGAGGAACUGGCUGCCUCUGAGAUCGAUUACCACCAAUCCGAGGAAGAGCAGGCCACCUCCGAGGUGGAUUACCACGAUUCCGAGGAUGAGCAUCCGUUGUCCGAGGGAGAACAGCCUCUUUCCGAGGAGGAGCACACCCUCUCCGACACGGAACAGCCCCCGUCUGAGUCCGGACUCCCGGCUGUUGAGGAACCAAUCCAGAAAUCCACCGCUAGCGAACCCACCGAGGCCGAAGUGGAGCUUAAGUUUGUUGCCACUUUGCCCACAGAACCCGCUUUUGGAGACCAGGCGGAGGAGGAAUUGACGGAGGCACCUUUGCCACCACCACGCCGCAAGUCCACCACCGCCAUUGAACCCAUUGCCACCACUGUGCUGACCAUUGCUGAGCAGUCCAGCCGCGAGCUUACUCCCGUUCAAACAGUGCAAUCCCCGCCAGAACCACAGUUCCCCAGUCACUUGGCGGAACUGGAGGUGGAACGAUUGCGAGUCCAUGCCCUGCAGGCUGGCCAGAUCCAAGUGUCCCAGCUACAUGGCAGUCAGAUCAAAGCCGACGAUUUGGAGUGCAAAUCCGGGCAUUUGGUGGUGCAAAAUAUCGAACUGCCGCCUGGAUUCAUUGACGACAUUGUGGAGCGGGUGCGGGAACAGCGUCCUUCCCUUCUGACCACUGAAACCCAGACCAGUCGGCAGGCCAGCAGCGAACCAGCCUCCUCUGAGAAGGAGCUGCCUGUGAAGCCACCACGUCAUAGCAAGACCACCGAGCAAUCGAUACCGAUCGCGAAUCUGGAUGAGCAGACCCAGACGGAAGCGGGUCUGUUGCCACUGCCUCCACCACCGGCGGCCUAUCCCAGUGUCGAGUACCUCCAGUCGCUGGCUCCACUGGCCUUCUACAAUCUCCAGCGCAGCGCGGAGGCGGAGCAGGCGGAGGCCUUAACACCAUCCGAGCGAAAGGCACCACACAAGUGUCGCCGUCGUCAUGUCCAGGAGCACAUCGAACCCGAAUCGGGCUCCGAGUUGGAGGAACAGCUGGUGGAGCGACCACGAUCGCGAUCACGCCGCUCUCGCACCCGAAGUGCCACCCAGCCCUUGGAGGAGGAUUACGACGAGGAUCAGCCCAAGACGGUGGUCCAGGCUGGCCGGCAGUUCAUCUCCGCCUGCAGUCUGGAACUCGUGAACAUCAUCAACCAGCUGACUUACUACGUUCGCGGCGAAGCAGUGGAGCCACAGCAGGCGCCACGUAACGUAUCCGCACUAAUGGUCCUCUUCAUCCUAAUUACCUUCGGAGUGCUGGUAUUCCUGCUUACCGGGAGACAGGUGCACACACACCAUUGGGAUUACUUUAAUCCGCCCGGAAACGAGCACGGCCGGCAGACGUGAGGGGCUGUGGGGGGUCCCAUCCUGGUUUUGCUAUCCUUUGGGGCGGUUUUGCAUUUUGGAGCAUCGAAUCUGGCCAAGCAUCUUGGCGGGGAGGAGAAACGAAUUUAAACGCGGCCAGGUGUCCGCUCGAAACUUGAAGGCCUUAAUGAUACUAACGAGAAAUUACUUUAGGAAAGGUGCGCCGUGCAUUGGGGGCGGCGAUGGACGAGAUGGGCAAUGGGCAAGGGGCGUGCCCGUGCUACUAGUCACACAAAACAAUCGAAACCAGAAUCCCAGUUCAGUGAUCCAUCAUCAGACACAUACCGACAUCUAACUUGUACUAACCAGAGAAACAUAGAGGGAACAUUUUUCAACAUUGUCUACCAACGAUAUAGAGAUCUAUAUGAAAUCAGCAGAGCAACAGAAGCAACGACCAUGUAUUAACUAUGUACUUAGACGUUUUCAGUUUCAUGCCAAGGAGGAGCGAGGACCACUAAUCCAAUAAACACUAAUUUUGUUUGCUCAUUUUUCUACCACAUAAGGCAAAACGAGAGAUUCAAUUGUUGAACAAAUUGUUGUUUAAUUUAGAUCAAAAUGUAGGAAUUAAUAUACAAAACAUACACUCUUUUUCAUUGAAUUCAUUUGAACGUUAUAAUUUGAAAUGCGAGUACUUAGCCAGAAAGUGAACAUAUAUACAUAAAUAUAUAGAAGCGUAUUUUCAAUAAAGCAAAAUAAUAUAAAAUAA